GGGGGCAAAGUGCAAAAACUGACAGACGAUCGCCAGUUUCAGUUAAGCCGCAAUCAAAAGUGCAAAGAGAGAAAACGGAAGCGAAAAUGGAAGUGGAAAAAGCGGAAGCAGUAGAAAUAUGGAACCGAGAAACAGUGCCGAAAGUGAUGAAGAUUGUGAGUGUGAGGCUCCCUCAAAGUGACCUGAUCAAUCUUUUGCUCGUCAGCCCCUGGAUAAAUCGGAAUUUGAUUUCUCACCCUUCACUGUGGCUGGUUCUUGAUUUUCAUGAGAUGAGUGAUGCAGGGAAUCGUCUUGUAGCAGCUCUCUCACUGCCGAGAUACCAGAAUGUGAAGCAUGUAAACCUUGAGUUCGCCCGUGAUAUUGAAGACAAGCAUCUUGAAAAUCUUAAAAACAAGUGUGGAAAUUCUGUUAAGAAUAUAGAGACUCUUAAUUUGAAUGGCUGCCAAAAGAUAUCUGAUGUGGGAAUUGAAUUUAUAACCUGCAAUUGCCUGAAGUUAAAGGGUUUCUCGAUCUACUGGAACGUCAGGGUAUCAGAUCUUGGCAUUAGGAACUUGGUUAAUAACUGCAAACUCAUGAUUGAUUUGAACCUGAGUGGUUGUAAGAAUGUCACUGAUGAAAGCUUAAAAUUGAUUGCCGAAAAUUAUCAAGGAUUGCAGCUGUUGAACAUAACAAGAUGCGUCAAGCUAACGGAUAAGAGUUUGGAAAUGGUACUGGUCAAGUGCUCCUCACUUCAGAGUUUGAAUCUUUAUGCACUUUCCAGUUUCACAGAUGCUGCCUACAAGAGGAUAUCGCUCUUGACUCACCUUCAAUUUUUAGAUCUCUGUGGUGCUCAGAACCUGUCUGAUGAUGGCCUUUCUUGUAUAGCUAAGUGCAAGAACCUAACUUCGCUAAAUUUGACAUGGUGUGUGCGCAUCACUGAUCAAGGAGUCAUCGCUCUUUCAGAAGGCUGCAGGUCUCUUGAAUUUCUGAGCCUGUUUGGAAUAGUGGGAGUUACAGACAAGAGCUUGGAGGCCCUCUCAGGCUGCUGUUCAACUACACUUACAACGCUGGAUGUCAAUGGCUGUAUUGGCAUAAAGAGGCGAAGCCGUGACGAAUUGCUUCAAUUGUUUCCCAAGUUAAUAUGCUUUAAAGUCCAUAGCUGAAACAGACAAAGAUGAGUUCAUGAGUACAUCAGCUCGGAGACAAGUAUCUUUCAAAUUUUACUGCUGUUCAAAUCCCAUUUCAUGUUUUGGAAGUUUUGGAUGUAAUUCUUUUGAAAUUUUCCCUAGAAAGAUUCCGUUGAUGUUGUAUCGAGUAUCCAAUUUCUUUCUGGUAAUGUGAAAGUUUGUUUGUUGGUAGAGAUGACAUAUUGUAAACAUAAAGUUUUGUAUUCAAUUAUACAAAAGGUGUUACAGAUACAAAA